AACAUGAAACCAGACGCCAGUUUCUGUGAUGGACUCACAGAGACUUCUAAGGCCUGGGCUCUGGGUCUUACAUUCAGGCGAAGAGUUUGCCACGUGUGACCCAAAGGCUAGUCACAGUCUCUGAGACAAUUUCUUUUUCUCUAAAAUGGAUGUAAUCUACUUCAAAGAGCUGGAGUGGAGAUUAAGAAAAACCAUGACUGUAUUCCUGGCUGUGCACCACAAAUCAGCGAUUACCACACCAUCUCUGCGGGAGAGUUCUUACUACAAAGAAGAGCUAUUGUUUCUCCGGCUAGACCCCACUCACGAGGUCUUAAACUGCCGGGAGUGGGGAGCUGCCGGAACCGAGUUCAGCCAUUCCCGGCCGGGCCGCGAGGCCUUUCCACUUCCUAACCUCCCCUUUGGGGGGGGGGAAAGCCCAGCUCCGCGCUUUCGGCGGCCGCGGCCCCAUCCUGGGUCUUUCCUGUCGCGAGUGUUCGGCGGCAAGACAGCGCGGGCUCCGCAGCGGCUUCCACGCCCCGCGUCCCGUCGGCUCCGGGCAGCCCCAGCCGCCUUCCAACCCGACCUCCAGUCGGGAUUGGCGCGCGGGGCGGAGGCGGGGGAGAGGGCGGGGGCGGAGAGCGGUUCCUCGUGCGCGCCUCCUCGGCGCUUUACGGUACCCUCGUUCCGGGCUCCCGCGGCCGGCCCAGCCUCGCGGUGGGGUCCGGAGAGCCGACGGGCGAGCGCGCGGGAGGGAGGGAGGGACGGAGGGAGUGCGAGCGGGAGCGCGAGGAAGGAGGCCGCCCAGCCCCGCGCUCAGCCCCGCGCCGCCGCAGCCAUGGCGGAGCGCCGCGCCUUCGCGCAGAAGAUCAGCAGAACUGUUGCUGCUGAAGUCAGAAAGCAGAUCUCUGCACAAUACAGUGGUUCCCCCCAGCUGCUCAAAAACCUCAACAUAGUUGGCAAUAUAUCCCAUCACACCACAGUGCCCCUUACUGAAGCAGUCGAUCCUGUGGAUUUGGAAGAUUACCUCAUCACUCACCCUUUAGCUGUGGACUCUGGGCCUCUGAGAGAUUUGGUUGAAUUCCCUCCAGAUGAUAUUGAAGUUGUGUAUAGUCCCAGGGACUGCAGGACCCUUGUUUCAGCCGUGCCUGAAGAAAGUGAGAUGGAUCCACAUGUUAGAGAUUGUAUAAGGAGUUACACGGAAGACUGGGCGAUCGUAAUCAGAAAAUACCAUAAACUGGGAACAGGAUUUAACCCUAACACGUUGGACAAGCAGAGAGAAAGACAGAAAGGACUGCCCAGACAGGUCUUUGAAUCUGAUGAAGCUCCAGAUGGCAACAGCUACCAAGAUGAGCAAGAUGACCUUAAAAGACGUUCGAUGUCAAUAGAUGAUACUCCAAGGGGUAGCUGGGCCUGCAGUAUAUUUGACUUAAAAAACUCACUUCCUGAUGCCUUGCUUCCUAAUUUACUUGAUCGAACUCCAAAUGAAGAAAUAGACCAUCAGAAUGAUGACCAAAGGAAAUCAAACCGUCACAAGGAACUGUUUGCUUUGCAUCCAUCACCAGAUGAGGAAGAGCCAAUAGAACGGCUUAGCAUUCCUGAUGUACCCAAAGAGCAUUUUGGACAGAGACUUCUUGUAAAAUGUUUAUCACUAAAGUUUGAGAUUGAAAUUGAGCCCAUUUUUGCAAGUUUGGCUUUAUAUGAUGUCAAGGAAAAGAAAAAGAUUUCAGAAAACUUUUAUUUUGACCUUAAUUCAGAACAAAUGAAGGGAUUGUUACGGCCACACGUACCACCUGCUGCCAUUACCACUCUGGCAAGAUCAGCCAUUUUUUCUAUAACUUAUCCUUCCCAAGAUGUCUUUCUUGUGAUAAAGCUAGAAAAAGUCCUACAGCAAGGAGACAUUGGAGAGUGUGCAGAGCCAUAUAUGAUUUUCAAAGAAGCUGAUGCCACCAAGAAUAAGGAAAAAUUGGAGAAGCUGAAGAGUCAAGCUGACCAGUUUUGCCAGAGACUUGGGAAAUACCGCAUGCCUUUUGCUUGGACGGCAAUUCAUUUAAUGAAUAUUGUUAGCAGUGCUGGCAGUUUAGAAAGGGACUCCACAGAAGUAGAAAUCAGUACUGGAGAACGCAAAGGUUCUUGGUCAGAGAGGAGGAACUCUAGUCUUGUUGGUAGGCGGUCUCUGGAAAGGACAACCAGUGGCGAUGAUGCUUGCAACCUGACCAGCUUUCGGCCUGCCACCCUCACUGUGGCAAAUUUUUUUAAGCAGGAAGGAGACCGCUUAAGUGAUGAAGAUCUGUACAAGUUCCUUGCUGAUAUGAGAAGGCCAUCUUCUGUCUUACGGAGGCUGAGACCGAUUACAGCUCAGCUGAAGAUAGACAUUUCUCCUGCACCUGAAAAUCCCCAUUAUUGCCUAACCCCAGAACUGCUUCAGGUGAAGCUUUACCCUGACAGCCGAGUCAGGCCCACCAGAGAAAUUCUGGAAUUUCCUGCCAGGGAUGUCUAUGUUCCAAACACUACUUACAGAAAUCUUCUCUACAUUUACCCUCAAAGUCUUAAUUUUGCCAAUCGUCAAGGUUCUGCCAGAAACAUCACAGUCAAAGUCCAGUUUAUGUAUGGAGAAGAUCCAAGUAAUGCAAUGCCGGUAAUCUUUGGUAAAUCUAGCUGUUCAGAGUUUUCAAAGGAAGCCUAUACAGCCGUAGUAUAUCAUAACAGGUCUCCUGAUUUCCAUGAAGAAGUCAAGGUUAAACUCCCCGCCACUUUAACUGACCAUCACCACUUGCUCUUUACCUUUUAUCAUGUUAGCUGUCAGCAGAAACAGAACACGCCUCUAGAGACCCCAGUCGGAUACACAUGGAUACCUAUGCUGCAGAAUGGACGGCUGAAGACUGGGCAGUUCUGCCUGCCGGUCUCAUUGGAGAAACCACCCCAGGCUUACUCAGUGCUCUCUCCUGAGGUUCCUCUACCUGGUAUGAAAUGGGUAGAUAACCACAAAGGAGUAUUUAAUGUAGAAGUUGUUGCUGUUUCAUCCAUUCAUACACAAGAUCCUUACCUUGACAAAUUCUUUGCUCUUGUCAAUGCUCUGGAUGAACACAUGUUCCCAGUCCGAAUUGGGGACAUGCGGAUCAUGGAAAACAACUUAGAAAAUGAACUGAAGAGUAGCAUUUCAGCCUUGAAUUCCUCACAGCUGGAACCAGUAGUCCGGUUUCUUCAUCUUCUGCUUGAUAAACUAAUACUUUUAGUUGUUAGACCUCCUGUGAUUGCUGGCCAAAUAGUUAAUCUAGGGCAAGCAUCUUUUGAAGCUAUGGCAUCAAUUAUAAAUCGACUUCACAAAAACUUAGAAGGAAAUCAUGACCAGCAUGGGAGAAACAACCUUCUCGCAUCGUAUAUCUAUUAUGUGUUCCGCCUGCCCAAUACUUAUCCUAACUCACCAUCACCAGGUCCUGGGGGUUUGGGAGGAUCGGUGCAUUAUGCCACAAUGGCCAGGUCCGCAGUGAGACCUGCAAGCCUUAACUUAAAUCGCUCACGAAGCCUUAGCAACAGCAAUCCAGAUAUAUCUGGUACUCCCACGUCACCAGAUGAUGAAGUUCGGUCCAUUAUUGGCAGUAAGGGUUUAGACCGCUCCAAUUCCUGGGUUAACACUGGUCCAAAAGCUGCCCCAUGGGGAUCCAACCCCAGUCCAAGUGCAGAAUCAACACAGGCUAUGGAUCGAAGUUGUAAUCGUAUGUCUUCGCACACAGAGACGUCAAGUUUCUUACAAACAUUAACGGGACGCUUACCAACUAAAAAGCUUUUUCACGAGGAGCUGGCUUUGCAGUGGGUUGUUUGCAGUGGCAGCGUGCGGGAAUCAGCUUUGCAGCAAGCCUGGUUCUUUUUUGAGUUGAUGGUAAAGAGCAUGGUGCACCACUUGUACUUUAACGAUAAGUUGGACGCUCCACGGAAAACCCGCUUCCCAGAACGUUUCAUGGAUGACAUUGCUGCUCUAGUUAGCACAAUCGCUGGUGACGUUGUGACACGGUUUCAGAAGGACACAGAAAUGGUUGAGAGACUGAAUACGAGCCUUGCCUUCUUUCUUAAUGAUCUGUUGUCUGUUAUGGACAGAGGGUUUGUCUUCAGUCUUAUAAAGUCCUGCUACAAACAGGUGGCAUCAAAGCUCUAUUCACUGCCAAAUCCAAGUGUGCUGGUGUCCUUGAGGUUGGAUUUCCUGCGAAUUAUCUGCAGCCAUGAGCACUAUGUAACAUUGAACUUACCCUGCAGCUUGCUCACCCCACCUGCAUCUCCAUCACCUUCUGUUUCUUCUGCAACAUCUCAGAGUUCUGGAUUUUCUACAAACGUGCAGGACCAGAAGAUCGCAAAUAUGUUUGAACUGUCCUUGCCCUUCCGCCAGCAGCACUACCUGGCAGGCCUCGUGUUAACAGAGCUCGCGCUCAUUUUAGACCCUGAUGCUGAAGGACUGUUUGGAUUGCAUAAGAAAGUCAUCAAUAUGGUGCACAACUUACUUUCCAGUCAUGACUCUGACCCACGGUACUCUGACCCUCAGAUAAAGGCUCGGGUGGCUAUGUUGUACCUUCCUCUCAUUGGUAUCAUCAUGGAAACUGUACCUCAGCUGUACGAUUUUACAGAAACACACAAUCAACGAGGAAGACCAAUUUGUAUAGCCCCUGAUGAUUAUGAUAGUGAGAGUGGGAGCAUGAUAAGCCAGACAGUUGCCAUGGCGAUCGCAGGAACGUCAGUCCCUCAGCUAACAAGGCCCGGCAGUUUCCUUCUCACUUCAACGAGCGGCAGGCAACAUACCACCUUCUCAGCAGAAUCAAGCCGCAGCCUUUUGAUCUGCCUGCUGUGGGUUCUCAAGAACGCAGAUGAAACUGUUCUGCAGAAGUGGUUUACAGACCUCUCCGUCCUACAGCUGAACCGGCUGCUGGAUCUGCUUUAUCUAUGUGUAUCUUGUUUUGAGUACAAAGGGAAAAAGGUGUUUGAAAGGAUGAAUAGUUUGACCUUUAAGAAAUCAAAAGAUAUGAGAGCCAAGCUUGAAGAAGCCAUUCUGGGAAGCAUCGGUGCCAGGCAGGAAAUGGUGCGGCGGAGCCGAGGACAGCUUGAGAGGAGCCCAUCUGGAAGUGCCUUUGGGAGCCAAGAAAACCUGCGGUGGAGAAAGGACAUGACUCACUGGCGCCAGAACACAGAGAAGCUUGAUAAGUCAAGAGCAGAGAUAGAGCAUGAAGCACUGAUUGAUGGAAACCUGGCUACUGAAGCGAAUCUCAUCAUCUUAGACACAUUAGAGAUCAUCGUUCAGACUGUUUCUGUAACAGAAUCCAAGGAGAGCAUUCUGGGCGGGGUGCUGAAAGUGCUGCUGCAGAGCAUGGCCUGCAACCAAAGUGCAGUGUAUCUGCAACACUGCUUUGCCACGCAGAGAGCCCUGGUCUCCAAGUUUCCUGAGCUCCUGUUUGAGGAAGAGACAGAGCAGUGUGCUGAUUUGUGCCUCCGGCUUCUCCGACAUUGCAGCAGUAGCAUCAGUACCAUACGGUCCCAUGCUAGUGCCUCUCUUUACCUACUCAUGCGGCAGAACUUUGAGAUUGGGAAUAACUUUGCCAGAGUGAAAAUGCAAGUAACAAUGUCACUGUCCUCUUUGGUGGGUACAUCUCAGAAUUUUAAUGAAGAAUUCUUAAGACGCUCUCUAAAAACUAUUUUGACAUAUGCUGAAGAAGAUCUAGAGUUGAGGGAAACAACAUUUCCUGAUCAGGUCCAAGAUCUGGUUUUUAAUCUCCAUAUGAUCCUUUCUGACACUGUUAAAAUGAAGGAACACCAGGAGGAUCCCGAAAUGCUGAUUGAUCUCAUGUACAGAAUUGCCAAGGGCUACCAGACCUCUCCAGACCUGCGACUGACCUGGCUUCAGAACAUGGCUGGAAAACACUCUGAACGAAGCAAUCACGCUGAAGCUGCCCAGUGCCUGGUCCACUCAGCAGCACUGGUCGCUGAAUAUCUGAGCAUGCUGGAGGACCGGAAAUACCUUCCUGUUGGCUGUGUAACAUUCCAGAAUAUUUCAUCUAAUGUGUUAGAAGAAUCUGCUGUCUCAGAUGAUGUGGUGUCUCCAGACGAAGAAGGUAUUUGCUCCGGAAAGUACUUUACUGAGUCUGGGCUCGUGGGGUUACUGGAACAAGCCGCCGCUUCCUUCUCUAUGGCUGGCAUGUACGAAGCAGUUAAUGAGGUUUACAAAGUACUCAUUCCUAUUCAUGAAGCUAAUCGGGAUGCAAAGAAGCUCUCCACAAUCCAUGGUAAACUUCAGGAAGCAUUCAGCAAAAUCGUUCAUCAGAGUACUGGCUGGGAGUUCCUACCUUGUGAAUCUUUUCCUGUUUGACUCUGACAGCUCUUCAUUUUUCCUAAAACUGUUUCUUAGCUAAUUUCUUAGUAUUCUCAUACAGCUCUCAUUGGAUCAAUACCUAGUAAGGACAACUUAUAUAUUGUAGAAGGUUUCUUGAUUCUGCAAUGUUCCUCAUUUUACAUUCUGUUCUUGAUUCGGAGAAAUUAUGUGACUUCGCAAAGCUUUUUGGAGGGGCAGAGAGAGAGAGAGAGAGAGAGAGAGAGAGAGAGAGAAUGUGUGUGUGCGUGUGUGUGUGUGUGUAAGAAAACCCUCAGUCAUGAUAUUUAGCAGUUUACUGAAGUAUUUAUAAAUAGAUGAUACAUUGUGACAAACUCUCCAGAGCUGCCAGUGUUGACUACUGCAUUUUGUUCCUCUGUAUCUGUUUGCUAUUUGCUUUUAUAUUUAUUAUUGUUUAUCAUUUCCCCCCAAAGCCUGUUUGUUGUACUUGGCAUAAUAGGAAAUAAAUCAUUUCCUAUGGUGUGCUUAAAUUAUGUUUAAAAGAAAAUGUUUCAUUUCUGUAUGAAAUGUCAUGACCAUUUCACAUUUUGUGCGCAUCCAUUUAUUUUUAAAAGAUGCAUUUGCUCAUUUGCCAAAUAGUUAUCAGUCUGUUUGAUGAGAUCCACCUCUGGAAGCUCAUAUUUAAAAAAAAAAAAACUCUCUUCAAAUAUUGAUAACAUAGUCACAUGACAUUUCCUCUAUUCAAAAAUUAUCACAGCCUAUUUAUUUAAAUACCAUAUCCUAUUCCAUGUAGCUUUUAGAAUCCAGAACUGUUAGAGAAAAUAAAGUUACUUUAUAAGGAUAACUCCUGAUGUAUUACCAAACAGAGCUGUCCCCUAACCUUUGACAUAAAGGCAUCUGAAGUGAUUCCCUUAACUUAUUACUAAAUUGGAUGAACAUCAUAAAUUUCAGUUAAUGCUUUGGUUGUUGUGUGCUCAGAAACACUGGCUACAUACAGUUUUGGCUUUUACACUAAUGUUGAGUUAAAUAUUGUAAUUCAUCCAAAUAAAUCAAAUGAAUGCAGAAUUAGAAACAGCCAAUUAAAAUGAGAGGAGAUGAAUGAACACUGGAAGGUUUUAUCCCCUUUUCCCUCUCUGUCUCUCUCUCUGAGGAUGGAACGUAAAAGUCCUUGGAGGUAGUUGAGUGGGGGAUGUGUGACACUUUACAAGAGAGGAAAUAUGGGUAUAAAGCAUGCAUGGGUCUUUACCUCAGGACCAUGUGCUAUUUUGGCUGAGGGGGCAGGGAGUGAGAGGGAGUGCUUUGUGCAGUUGGUGCCUCCCUGGUAGUAGACCUUAAGGUGGAUCUAGUGAGAACAUGCCAAACCAUUUUGUUUUGCUUCCUCUGCUGGCGUUGACAUCAGCAAACUGUAGGUGAUAUUGAAUAUGGCAUCUUCUGGGGGGAUGGGGAUAUGUAAUGGUCGUAAUUUAACCUCUGAUAAGAAACUGGCUAGGCUAUAUCUGAGAAAAGUAUGUCUGUUAAGCUACCACUUGACCUUUACAUUGGAUUGUACAAGAAAGAUCUGCAAAAUAUAAAAAAAAAAAAAAAAAAACAGGUAUGGCAGGGCCAGGUGGUGGUGGAGCACGUCUUUGAUCCCAGCACUCGGGAGGCAGAGACAGGUAGAUCUCUGUGAGUUUGAGGCCAGUCUGGUCUACAAGAGCUAGUUCUAGGACAGCCAGGGCUGUUACACAGAGAAACCCUGUCUCAAAAACAAAACAAAACAAAACAGACACACACAAACAGGCGUGGUAGAGGAUGGCACUGUAACAUGAAGGAAGAUAAACAGAGAAGGGGAGGUAAUCCUGUAGUCAGUUACUCAGCAGACGUGUUUAUAAUCCCAGGACCUAGGAGGCUAAGGUAGGAAGACGGGGUUCAGGGCCAGUCUUCGCUACAUAGAAAGUUCCAGGCUAUCCUGGAUUACAAGAAACACUGUUUUAAAACCAGAAAAAAAGAGUUAAAAAUAAAUUGAAUUACUCAGAGAAAUUCACAAGAGUUCUUAAGAAAAUCACCAGAGAAGUGACGACAGCUGAAGGUCGUCCUCAUGUGUGGGCGUUUGUACUCUGGUAUGGACUAUGUAGGGGCCUGGAUUUUGGUGUCCCAUAACAUGCCGGAGUUUAACUUUUGC